AUGUUUGGUGCAGUGAAUUCGGGAAAUAGUUCAAUGAACAAUGGCGGCGGUUUAUUUGGUAACAAACCUGCUGCUGGAAACACAGGGUUCCAGUUUGGCGGUCAACAACAACAACAACAGCCACAGCAGCAGCCUGGUGGUGCUGGUAGCUUGUUCGGACAGAAUAACAACUCGAUAGGUAAUACAUCAAACACUGGAGGAGGUCUGUUCGGAAGUACACAGCAACAGCAGAAACCUUCUACUGGGGGUUUGUUUGGCAACACGAACUCUGCCGCGGGAGGAACAGGCGGGUUGUUCGGCCAAUCCAAUCAGCAGAAUAAUACCAAUACUGGGUUGUUCGGCAAUGCAAACUCUACAGGAAUACAGCAGAAUAAUACUGCCCCAACCAGUGGAGGUUUGUUUGGGUCCAAACCGGCAGGUGGAUUGUUUAAUAACACACAGCAGUCCACCACUGGUAUCCAAGGAAAUCCCACUGGAGGUGGAUUGUUUGGUAAUAAUAAUGCGAACACAGGAAGUUCGGGUGGACUGUUUGGUAAUUCCGGAAAUACAAAUACCAGCGCUACUUCUGGAGGUCUUUUCGGUGGAAACAGAACUGGGGGCCAAUCCACAGGCGGACUUUUUGGCAAUAACACUUCUAAUAGCGGCACUACUGGAGGACUAUUUGGAUCCAAGCCUGUUGCGCCAGCUACUACAUCUCUCUUUGGCCAAAAUCAAACACAAUCACAGCAGCAACAGCAACAACAGGGCCAGCAAGGUCAACAACCAGGGGGGGCAUCCUUGUUUGGUUCAACGCCAUCUACUACAAUGCAACCGUCAUUUGCAUGGUCUAACACACAACAACAAGUACAGCCCCAGCAACAGUUGCCGUCGGUUCAGCAACCACAACAACAGCUACAAAUUCAGCAACAACAGCAACAGCAACAAAUAUCUAAUUAUCCGCAACAAAUCCAAGAACAAAUUCUAAAGUGUAAGGAAUCAUGGGUGCCAAGUGAGCAAAGAUCAAAACUUAAGACGUUUGUUUACAAUAAAUGUACGGAAACUGAAGCUAUGUUGUAUAAUAAACCAUUAUCAAUCUCGCAGGAUGAUUGGGAUCAAGCGCUCAUGAGUAAACCUGGUAAUAAUACUAUUCCAAUUAGACUACUAGGUUUUCAGGAUCUCAAUGAUCGUAAUCAAUUACAAAAGCAGCAUGUUGCACAGGCUAGAGUUCUUUUGGGCCAAAUUUUGGAAAAGCUAAAUCAAGUUAACACUAAGCAUGAUUUAGAUACUCAGUCAAGGAUAGCAAAAGCUGUUUCCCGUAACACCGUCAUUGAAAAUAGAAUUCUCAAAUUGGCUUCUCAGCUAGCCAUAUUGAAAAGCAAGAAUUUACCAUUGAGCCUACACGAAGAGGAGAUGAUGAACAAGUUUAAUAAACUAUUACAAGAGAGCAAUGAUCCAGCAGGUCUAGGGAAAAACAACGAACUUUGGGCAAGACUCUCUGUAUUGAAAGAAAGAGCCAAAAAUAUAAGCGAGCAACUCGAUAGCACUCUUGUUGUGAUUAGCGAAAACGGCGGCAACUCGAACGGUAAGAAAAAUAAUCAAGACGAGGAACUAGAAGACCGGGUGAACAAGAUAGCCGAAAUUUUAAGUAAUCAACAACGUGGUUUAUGUUUCUUAAAUGAUGUUAUAGAAAAGGAUCAGAAACUUGUCGACGAAGUUCACACAAAGCUAAAUAAGUGA